CGCUGUCAGCGGGAGGCGGUGUGUGAGGCCGGUGUUUCCCAGAGUGCCCCGCGGAGCUUACCGGACCCCGGGGGGGAAGUGACAGAUAACAAAUGGGCAAUAUCAGGAGUGCGCUUGUGCGCAACUUAUAGACGGGACGGCGGCGGGCUCCCCUCCGGGGGGGCGAGAGUUACCGGCCGCUCCAUCUCACUGCUUCUCUCCUGACUGGCACCGGGGAGCUAUUUGCCCCCUAACGGGACGCGUCACUUGUAGCGGAGUCCUUGCGAGAGGGUUGGUAGCGGCGGGAUGGAGGAUCUCCCGGCGGCCGGAGGAAUGGCCGCGUCUCCGAGGUUGCAGGCCGUGGGUCCGGCCCAGUCCCAGGGAGCCCCAUCUGAGCCUGGCUGUGAGCUAGCCAGCCGCCCCCCUCAGUACACUAUCCCCGGGAUCCUGCACUACAUCCAACACGAGUGGGCCCGCUUCGAGAUGGAGAGAGCGCACUGGGAGGUGGAGAAGGCCGAGCUGCAGGCACGGAUAGCCUUCUUACAAGGAGAAAGAAAAGGCCAGGAAAACUUGAAGAAAGAUUUAGUAAGAAGAAUAAAGAUGUUAGAGUAUGCAUUAAAACAAGAGAGGGCAAAGUACCAUAAAUUAAAAUAUGGAACAGAAUUAAAUCAAGGAGACUUGAAGACUCCAACAUUUGAAUCAGAAGAAACCAAAGAUUCCGAGGUUUCCCCUGGGCCUCAGAAUAGUCAGCUGACCUGGAAACAAGGCCGUCAGCUGUUAAGACAGUACCUUCAGGAGGUUGGUUACACAGAUACGAUAUUGGAUGUGCGGUCACAAAGGGUACGCUCUUUGCUGGGACUUUCAGGCUCCGAGCCAAACGGCUCAGUGGAAACAAAGAACCUAGAACAGAUCCUCAAUGGUGGGGACUCUCUUUCUCUUAAACAAAAGGGACAAGCAAAUAAAAGGAACUCAGGUGAUGUUCUUGAAACAUUUAAUUUCUUAGAAAGUGCUGAUGACAGCGACGAAGAAGAUGAAGGGGACCUAAUUGAGGAUGUCCCUGACAGAAGGGAAAAGCAGCAAAUGAAUAAAAAGCAUAAAAUUGGCAAUGAAGGUUUAGCAGCUGAACUCGCUGAUGAUACAGAGGAAGCACUGAAGGAGUUUGAUUUCCUAGUAACAGCAGAAGAUGGAGAGGGAGCCGGAGAAGCAAGGAGUUCAGGGGAUGGAACGGAAUGGGAAAAGGAUGUGCUGUCCCCAACAACAGAGGUUUGGGAUGUAGACCAGGGACUAAUAAAUAAACUGAAGGAGGAAUACACCAAGGAGCGCAAGGGAACAAAAGGGGCCAAGAGGGUGAACAGGACGAAAUUGCACGACAUGAUUGCAGACCUAGGGGAGGAGGAUCUUUCUCACAUCCCGGCAGAAAUCCUGAGCCCAGCCCGCACACCCUCCUCAAGAAUUACUGAUCAUGAAGGGGGAAGAGCAGAGGAAGGUGCUGAGCCAUUUGCUUACACUGAGCCCAUCGCAUUUCCUCCUGGAUCUGGUAAACCCUUUAUUAUGGCAUCGGAAGACGUUUUGGAAAGCGUCUUGGGACUUGGAGAUUUGGCCGACCUCACUGUCACGAAUGAUGCAGAUUUCAGUUAUGAUAUUCCAUCCAACAAGGAUGCCUUUAGGAAGACAUGGAACCCAAAGUACACCCUACGAAGCCACUUUGAUGGGGUCCGGGCCCUGGCCUUUCACCCAGUGGAACCUGUUCUGGUCACUGCUUCUGAGGACCACACCCUGAAACUAUGGAAUUUGCAGAAAACUGUUCCUACCAAAAAGAGUGCCUCCUUAGACGUGGAACCCAUCUACACAUUUAGAGCUCACAUUGGGCCUGUCCUUUCGCUUGUGGUUGGCUGCAGUGGAGAACACUGUUACAGUGGAGGGCUUGACUCAACAAUACAGUGGUGGAAAAUACCAAGCCCCAAUGUGGAUCCAUAUGAUACAUAUGAUCCAAGUGUUCUGGCUGGCACUCUGGUUGGACACACGGAUGCAGUGUGGGGCCUGUCACAUAGUGGAGUUAAAGAUAGCUUGCUCUCCUGCUCUGCGGAUGGUACUGUACGGUUAUGGAGCCCGCCCACAGGCACUCAGUGUAUCGGCACAUACAAUGGAAACAGAGAACAUGGGAUCCCCACUUCUGUUGAUUUUAUUGGCUGUGACCCUGCCCAUGCUGUAGCCUCCUUUACAAGCGGUUGCAUAGUCGUUUAUGACCUAGAAACUUCUGAGUCUGUGAUACAACUUUCUUCACCCUCUGACUCUGGUGCUCCCUUUUCCAACCAUAUUAAUAAAAUUGUCAGUCACCCAACGCUUCCUGUUACUAUUGCAGCAUUUGAAGAUAGGCACAUCAAGUUUUUUGACAAUAAAUCAGGAAAGAGUAUCCACUCGAUGGUGGCUCACUUGGAUGCAGUGACAAGUCUUGCCGUGGAUCCCAAUGGAAUUUACCUGAUGUCUGGAAGCCACGACUGCUCCAUCAGGCUGUGGAACCUAGACAGCAAGACGUGCGUGCAGGAGAUAACCGCCCACCGCAAAAAGUUAGACGAAUCUAUUUACGAUGUUGCCUUUCACCCAUCCAAAGCAUUCAUUGCUAGCGCCGGAGCAGACGCCCUGGCGAAGGUCUUUGUGUGACCCGCCGUUGAACGUACCCCUUUUUAAGUGCAUUUGGGACAAAUCUGAGAAAGAGGCUAAUUGCGUGUUAUUGAAGCAAAACCUUGAAACAUCACUGCCACGAGGAACUUGCACCCACUUCAACACUACAAUGCAGAGCUCCCUCUGCAGGACAGUGAGAUACUGGUUACAGAAGGAGCUUUUGUCCUUGAAUCCUCCCCCCCCCCCCCCAUUCCCUCCCCCUUUUAAUAUCAGGAUGGCUUUUUGUAGAGCUGUAAUUACUGUAAUUUAUACCAUUUGUUCCCCUGGCAGUAACCAGUAUUUGCAGCCCCUGCGCAGGGUGUCUGCCCUAUAUAAAUAUAUAUAUAAUAUAAUAUAUAUUUCUUUUUUUAGCGCUCUUUAGAAAAUAUAUUUUGUUCAAGGUGUUUUUCCCAGUCUACUUCUAAUCGCAGACCCACAAUCCAACACGCAGGAGCGCAACUCACACAAGGAAUGGGGGGGGGGGGGGGUUUGUAGGCGACUUCUCUGCCGUAUCACGCAGCCCCUUAGAGCAGUUUAUUUCCUGUCUGAUCCUGAUAUAACGCAUUAGAACCUUUAAUCAUUUCUCUUGACAUUUAUUUUUUCACCUGCAUUUUAAAGGACCAGCAGCCAACUUCACACUGGAUUGACGCCAGAAAGGCCGCAGAGAGCCGUAUUCAUCAAUGCUUGUCUCUCUCGCCUUUGCAACACUACAGAGAUUUGUAUUAGUUGGUGUGAUUAACCCUCUCCGUGCCUGGCUGCCGACGAAGGGAUUUUAAAAGCAACUUUUUCUUGACAAAAGGUUUUUUUUUCUGGCAUUGAAAGCAAGUGUGUAACUCUAUUUUUUAGCAUUAGUCUUGCAUAUACACACGUUUUUGGGUCUAACUGUAGUUUUUACUUUUUUUAUAUAUAUAUUUAAGCUGUCGCAGAAUUGCAGUGUUUUUAUCAGCCAUAAUGAAAGGAAAAAAGAAAAAAAACAGGAAUUUUACAGCUUUUUAUACUGCCAUCCUUCCUUCCCUACACAGAAGGUGAAUGUUUGGGAAAAAAUCAGCUUUUUUUUUUUUUUUCCUUCAUCGCCUUCCCUUUCUCCUCCCACUCUUGCAUCCCUGUAAUGCCAUUGGCCAGCCAUGCUGCCAAUAACUCAGGGGUUAAUGUUUGGAAAGAGACUAACAAUUAGCUACUGUGCUUUUCCUGGUAAUACUAAACAGGCAACAGUGUGGGGGCACAUCCCAGUCUGGCGCCCCCUAUCAUUCCCCUUUUUAACCAAUCGCAGCAUUCUAUCACUGUGUGAUAUAUUGUAUGUUUACUUUAUUUACAAAUUAAUUUAUCCGAAGGGUUUCCCCCCCGCUUAAUUACAACCGCUUAUUGUUAUUUAUUUCUGCUUUUUAUUCAUUGUUUUGUUCGUGUAAGUGAAAAAAAGGACUUUUACUGUUUGUGGAGCCUGGCACCCAAGCAAGUAAAUGAGGAGUACCGCUGACUGUCGGUUUUAUGUUGUUUGAAAUAGGAUAUUCAUAAUCAGGAUCCCAAGGCUCAAUCACAGACAUUGCCAGUUUAGCAUGAAGCCAUUUCCACAUGCAAAAUGGGGCUGAACUUACCCACCCCCCAAGGUUUGAUUUCAGUUUCCUUUUCCUUCAUCUUUACCUUUAGUCCAUAUUUUACUUUUCUCUCCAUUCUUUUGCCGACAUUCAGUUUCUGCUGUUGAGAGAUGGUAUUUCUUUGUGAUAUGCAUGACUAAGACAAUUCCACAUAACUUUUUCUAGUCUUCCACAAAAAUAAAGGGAAAACCAAUAAUUAUCAGUUUGCAAGUUUUGUAAGGUUAUUGUUUUACAGACUGCAAGUCGGCAAAUUUUUAUGAUUGUAUCACAAAAAGAACAGUUGUUGAAAAAUAAUGUAUAUAAAAUGCCUAUAAUAAAUAUUAAAUGGUGUACCUAAA